AUUAUUCCAGAAAGAAGAUAUCUUCCAGAUAUACCCGGAGAGUGGCGGAGACUCAACACUGAGCUAGAGAGAGAAAGAGAGGAGAGAGAGGGAGAGAGCUGCGCAGGUAGCCAUGUUUUCAUCACUCAUGAAAUGGAUCGUAGACCCGAGGAAGAACUGGCUUGCAUCUGUUCAUAUGAAAACCAUAUCUAAUCGCCUCCGUAGAUACGGGCUUCGAUAUGACGACCUGUACGAUCCGUACUUUGAUUUGGACAUAAAGGAAGCACUGAAUCGGCUUCCUAGAGAGAUCGUUGAUGCGAGAAACCAACGCCUUAAGCGAGCAAUAGAUCUGUCAAUGAAGCACGAGUACCUCCCCGAGGACUUGCAGGCAAUGCAGACCCCAUUUAGGAGUUAUCUUCAAGAUAUGUUGGCUCUUGUGAAAAGGGAGAGAGAAGAACGUGAAGCUCUAGGAGCUUUGCCUCUCUAUCAGCGCACCAUUCCAUGAGCCUAUCUCCUUAUCUGCUGGUGCAAGUACUUCUGAUUGAAUUACAUUUUCUAUUGAAAAAUAAGAACAAUGCUUUUGGUAGGUUUCCAUGGACAUGCAUGCAUGGCAACUGAAUGGCUGAACUAAUAGCUACAAUUGUUCACAUUCGAACUAUAAUCUUUUGGUUGGACAGCUUGAGCACGUCUUUCUUUUAGGCAGAAUUGUAUGCCUGUAAUGUUGGGUUCUCUGCUUGCAUAUUUCUGCUAUAUAAUUAGUUAAUGCUCGUGUUUGGACAAUUUUGUCCUGAACAAUUCCAACUAUAUAUAAACUUUUGUUUUGAUCA